UGAGGGAAGGAGAUCACGGGGCGCGGGUGAGGCUGAGGGGCGCCAACGAUUCUUGCUCCAUGUUCUGCAAACGGGGAAGGAAAGGCAUCAAUCAAGACACCCUGACCGUGUGGGAGGACUUCAAUGGUGAAAAAGGUGCAUUCUUUUGCGGGGUGUUCGAUGGCCAUGGUCCAGCGGGUCAUAGAGUUGCGCAGCAUGUGCGUGACCAAUUGCCGUCGAAGCUCUCUUCAGUGAUCCAAUCCUUGCAGAACAGGGGCAGUCGCAGGGACCUCGAUCUCGUGGAUAAAGAUGACGAUGGCCAAGAAAAUGGGGAGAAAGAAAGAAGGGGCAGCAAUCCUGGGACAUGCUUUCUCUCCUCAUGGGAGGCUAGUUUUGUCAAAUCCUUCAAAGAAAUCGAUGAAGAGCUUAGCCUUGACUCCUCCAUUGACAGCUUCUGCAGCGGCUCAACUGCUGUAACCAUGAUUAAGCAGGGAGAUCAUCUUGUUAUUGCCAAUUUGGGAGAUUCCCGAGCGGUUCUGUGCACUAGAGGCCAGAAAAAUCAGCCUGUUCCCAUCCAGCUCACCGUCGAUCUGAAACCAAAUAUCAAAAGUGAAGCGGAUAGAAUCAAGAAAUGCAAAGGCAGAGUCUUUGCCAUGGAUGAAGAGCCAGAAGUGUUCAGAGUAUGGUUGCCCGACGAGAAUUGCCCCGGUCUUGCAAUGGCUCGGGCUUUCGGAGAUUUCUGCUUGAAAGAUUACGGCCUGAUAUCCACCCCUGAAGUGUCGUAUAGAAAGCUUACACCAGAUGAUGAAUUCGUGGUUCUAGCCACCGAUGGGGUGUGGGAUGCAUUAAGCAAUGCAGAGGUCGUGAGGAUUGUUGCAUCAACGAGGAAGAGAUCCAUGGCUGCUAAAUUAUUGGUUGCUCAUGCUGUUCUGGCGUGGAAGACCAAGUAUCCAGGAUGUAAGAUCGAUGACUGCGCAGUCGUAUGCUUGUUCCUCAAGAAUGGUCGACCUCGGAGCCAAUCCGUCGUCAACAAUACUUCAGGUGGCAACCCAGGCCGGCAAGACAAUGCAGUUGGUCAAAAAUCCGGGUCCAACGAAAGCGAGGCAAACCCGGACACCGUGCUUGCUGCAAUUACAGAUGACGCGGAGGAGUCCUCUACAGUCGACGGCGUGAGCAGGGUCGAUUCUCUCAUCAGAGUUCCUCGUCCAAAGGCUGCUGCUUUGAGUCGGCGGAAUUCGGCUAAGAAGCCUAAACAAAUUGAAGUCCCUUAGGUCUUGAUUUUUGUUCUCGUGGAAGCUCGAGAGGAUCGUUUGGUCCACAGCUGAAGAUGAACUGCUAGUUCUGUAAAACACGAGUGGAAGCGAAAAUCGUUUCGGUCCUGCGAGAUCAAUACGUUUCUUCAUACACCAGGAGAACUUGAGGAGGUCAGGAGAAUCAGCUGCUGAUAGAAAUGCAAUGCACUGGUUUGGAAACUUUUAGGAGAAACCCACCACCCACAUCGCAGGAUUUUUUAUUUGUUCUUUGCUUCCCUGUUCUGGUUACUCUUGACUCCAUGUUGAUGUCUGGUUUGAUGCUUCUGGUAGUUUUGAAGACAGGAAUAGGGCUGAUCAUUCGUGUUUCGCGUCGUGGUCUCGUCAAACACGUACGUCUAGUAGACAGGUUGCGCACGAAGACGCGUUCAUCUCGAAUAUUAAGUAUCUAUAGAUAAUCCAAGAUUAA